CCCUCCCUCCACCCUCUGCCACCGUCUCCAACCCAAACUUUCCAUAAGUGGAAAGAGUUGCUCGCUGCAGGCACGGCGCUGAUCCGGAGCCUCUUACCAUAAAUACUUAGAUAGCAAUGGAUAACGGAAUUCAGACAAAGCUACUUCGACAUGAAGAAGAGGAGGUAGACGGUGACUUGAAAGUGAGGGUAUGGAACGAGUCCAAAAAGAUAUGGAGGGUCGCAUUGCCCGGUGUUAUAUCAAGAGUUUGUGCAUUCGGAACUAUUGUUGUCACUCAAUCGUUUAUCGGUCAUAUAAGUGACAUCGAUCUUGCUGGCUACGCUCUUGUUCAAACCUUAAGCGUCCGAUUUGUCAAUGGGAUACUUUUGGGAAUGUCGAGUGCAACCGAAACUCUUUGUGGUCAAGCAUUCGGAGCCGGGCAACACCAUAUGAUGGGGAUCUACUUGCAACGAUCCUGGAUCGUCGACUUGUUUACUUUGACGGUUUUGCUCCCAAUUUUCGUGUUCGGGACCCAAUUAUACAGACUCCUCGGUGAAGAACCGUCCAUAGCUAUAAGCGGUGGAUACAUCUCUCUAUGGUUCAUCCCUUUCGUCUACAACUUCGUGUUCAGCUUGACCAUACAAAUGUUUCUGCAAGCACAGCUAAAGAACAUGGUGAUUGCGUGGCUUUCGAUCUUCCAGUUCGCGAUCCACAUCCCGUUGUCGUGGCUGCUUGUGUAUAAGAUGGGAUUUGGGGUGCCAGGCGCGAUGGUUGCGUUGUCGAUAUCGUCAUGGUUUCUUGUUAUCGGAGAGUUUAUUUACAUUUUUGGUGGUUGGUGUCCUUAUUCAUGGAAAGGGUUCACAGUUGCUGCCUUUAAGGAUUUGGUUCCUGUGGUGAAACUCUCAGUGUCAUCUGGUAUCAUGGUCUGCUUGGAGCUAUGGUACAAUGCUGUGCUAGUCUUACUUGCUGGAUACAUGGCAAAUGCAGAAGUUGCCAUUUCUGCCUUCUCCAUUUGCUUGAACAUUAAUGCAUGGGAGUUUAUGAUAAGCCUCGGGUUCUUAGGUGCAGCAUGUGUGCGGGUUGCAAAUGAACUUGGGAGAGGAAAUGCUAAAGCUGCAAAGUUCUCGAUUAAAGUCUUGUUGGGAACUUCGAUCGCUAUAGGGUUGUUCUUCUUUGUUCUUUGCUUGGUGUUCGGCAAAAAACUUGCUUACGUGUUUACAGACGAUGAACAAGUUGCAGAGACUGUAGCCGAUCUUUCUCUACUACUUUCCUUCUCCGUGUUGUUGAAUAGCAUUUAUCCGGUUCUCUCAGGCGUGGCCGUGGGAGCUGGAAUGCAGGGUAUUGUAGCAGUCAUUAACCUCGUUUGCUUUUACGUGAUUGGUAUCCCAUUGGGAGCUUUGCUCGGGUAUUUGACGGAUCUCCAAGUAAAGGGUAUAUGGGUUGGAAUGAUUUGUGGCAUCGUAACUCAAACACUUGCGCUCGUGUAUCUGACAUGGAGAACAGAUUGGGACGAUCAGGUCAAGAAAUCAUUGGAACGGCUCAACCGAUUUUACGUGAAGUCCUCUGACAAUCCUGAGGAAAUUUCUAACUGAUCGUGUUAUAUCAGAAGAUCGAUUUUUCGUAAGAAUGUAACGAGAUUUUGCAGUUUUUUUGAUGGAUUUAGCAGCCAUUGCUGAUGAUUGGGAGGUGUUGAUUCUUUCUUUGUGUGGUAGAUGUUUACCUUCUAUUAGAAAAUAAGCUUUUAAUUAGUUUAAUCCAUGUAGCCUAGUGUUCAUCCCUUCACCCUAUUUUAAUUUCAUCAACAUUUACCAAACACUUAUGCAGUAAAAAUCACCUUAAUGGUUCAC